UUUCAUGGAAAAUUCAUAUUCAUUUGGAAUGAAUUUUUUCUAAACGAAUUCAAUUAUCGUCUUUUCAGCUGCGCCUCAUUCGCCUAUUUACCCCUAUGGAAUCAACUUAUGCAUCAUUAUUUUCCGCCAAAAAAUUUCACAGAUCGGUGUUGGCAACCAGAUGCAGGUAUCGGUACCGUACCCUGCACCUCAGCAUGUUUCACGCUUGUCGAACGUAUCGAUCAGCAAGAUUUUUUUACUGAACAACGAGGUGUGCUACGAGGAUGUGUCGAUCGACUAUUGUUAUUUGGUCUAGACGAUGAUGUUCGGAGUGUUCUGUCAGCUUACACCAGCCAGCGAGUGUGCAGAGAAACGAAUCGGAAAAUUCUGCGUCUCUACCCGUUGAGCACCGAUAGUGAUGUGGUAAGUCAUAUCGAUUGGUUUCGUAUGCGAAUUUCGACUUCUAGAAAUUUCGAUUUUUUCAUUAAUCUCUUCUAUAUGCAUUGGCUAUUCAUUGCCAACAUAUGA